AAUAACAAACAUUCAAAUACACUGUAAGAAAUUAUAGCAACUAAACGAUUAAACUGCGUGCCGAAGCGCAACAAACUGAGCGCACUCGAGUGACAAAAGUUGCCACAACAGCAGUAACAAUAAUAGAGAAGGGGGAAUAUAUACGACUAGAAGAUAUCUUAUAUCUAAAUUUUUACUUGAAGCCGUCGAUGGAGAGAGCAAGACAUAGAGCGACAGUGAAAGAGAGACAGAGAUCGAGGGAUAGAAAAAAUAUGGAGAGAGAGAGAGAGAAGCAUUGCCAGAUUUAAGUGAAUACGUUCCUCUAAAACACUCGUACAGGGUAUUGCGUAUAAUAAGAUAAAUUGUUGUUGCUCGCGUAAUGCGUGCCUGCGGCAAUUACAGGCUUCGACUAGCAACCAGACGAGGGCAUCUUUGGCGCUUGUGGCGACAGUUUUCCUUAGACAGCAAUGGCAAGAAGUUGGCUUCCAUUUCUGUGUCUGCUGGCGCUCAGUGUGAGCGAGCAGACCAAAGCUAACGUUGUCGACGAUGGCUUGAAGCUGGCAGGACAAAUGUUUGGCAUUAAUACAGCAGCAGAUGUGGCUAAUCUGGUAGCCAAGGCCUUUUCACGGGUAUCCACUCGCAAGAAACCAGAUUUGAUGAGCGUGCUGCAGCAGGGCAUCGAAUCACAGCGCCAGCAGCAGCUCGAACAGGAGCAGGAGCAGGAAGAGGACGACAAUGAGGAGCAGCAAACAGAGCAAGAGAAUGCACAGGAAUCGCCGCCUGUGGAUGGCGACACUCGCCGCCGUCCUAUGCAGCUGAACACCGUUCAAAUGUUGACAAAUAUGAUGCGCAUGAUUGGCUUUGAUCCACGCAAACUGGGCGCAUUGGCGCUCAAUGCAAUUGUGAUGAUUGCCCAAGCGAUUGGCAGCACAAUUAUGCAGGCAACACGUGGCGGCACUGGCGACAGUCCAACUACUGGACCCGAGGCGCUGUUCGAGCCCAGCGAGCAUCAGCCGCGUUCUCUGUCGCCCGGCAGCCCCAUCGAUUGGUUUUUGCAACGACCUGGAGCACACACCCAACGCAUGUUGCAUCGCAUCAUGGACCGUCAGCUGCCUGAGCACAUUGUGGACAUGAUUGAGUCAAAGGAGACGGCGGAUGGCAACGAAGCUGCUUGCCUGAAGCUGCUCAUGUGCAAGAGUUCGCCCAUCAUUUGGGGCAUGCAGAACUCGCUGGAAAAGCGCUUGGCCGGCGAGCAGGAAGAGUACGACGACCAGAGCUACAUGAAUGCAAAUGCAUUCUUCAAAUAUAUGCCCAGCUUGCAUGAGUUCAAGGAGCACGGCGAGGGCUGUGAGUCACGCUUUGCCAAACACUGUCCACGCAAUGGAACAUUGAACAAGGCCUAAGAAAUACCAAAUAUUAUACUCCGAAAGGCGCAAUUGAAA